AUGCUUCUAAGCGCAUCGUUGAUUUCCUCUCUCCUUGUCGCCUUGCGGCUUGCCUCUGGGGUAUCUGCUGCUGUGGUUAAUGUCGACCUGAAUAUACAGAAUGCACAACUGGCUCCCAACGGUGUCAGUCGCUCGACUGUUACUGCUAAUGGACAGUUUCCUGGUCCGCUCAUCUCUGGUAACGUUGGCGAUCAGUUCCUUAUUAACGUCACGGAUAGUCUGACAGAUGCAACAAUGAGGAGGGCAACAUCUAUUCAUUGGCAUGGUAUAUUCCAGCACCAUACUGCUGAAGCCGACGGUCCAGCGUUUGUCACACAGUGUCCGAUUGUACCGGAGCACAGUUUCUUGUAUAACUUUACUAUUCCCGACCAGACGGGAACUUACUGGUACCAUGCACAUCUGUCCACCCAGUAUUGCGAUGGUUUACGAGGUCCACUGAUCAUCCAUGACCCGGAAGACCCCCAUGCAAACUUGUACGACGUUGAUGAUGAAUCCACGAUAAUAAUGCUCGCGGACUGGUACAAUACAGUGGCUCCUACGUUGUUCCCUAAUCCGACAAAUGCUACUCCUACCCCUGACUCUACUGUGAUAAACGGAAAGGGUCGCUCAAGUGCUGGUGGCGAUCUCGCAGUUAUACGGGCUCAACCAGGGAAGCGCCACCGUUUCAGGCUCAUUAGCACUAGCUGUUUCCCUUCUUUUGCAUUUUCGAUUGAUGGUCAUAACAUGACCGUCAUUGAGGCGGAUGGUGUUGAGACGGAACCCGUCACUGUCGACUCCCUUAAUAUCUUUGCCGCUCAACGUUACUCGAUCGUGGUUACAAUGGAUCAACCCGUUGAUAAUUACUGGAUUCGUGCAAUACCCUCGUCACCUGCUGGUUCCACGACUGCUGGCGGUAUCAACUCGGCUAUCCUUCGUUACGAUGGUGCACCAAGCACGGAUCCUGCCACUAGUGCAAAAACGAAUCCAGUCGUACUAAAUGAGUCAAAUCUCCACCCUCUCAUCAAUCCUGGAGCACCCGGGCAGCCCGUUGUUGGCGGAGCAAAUUUCGUCAAACAAUUACAAAUUGGAAGGGCAGGCGGAGAAUUCACUAUGAAUGGAGCGCCGUUCAACCCGCCUGAUGUGCCUGUUCUUCUCCAAAUCCUCUCCGGAGCUACUAAUGCAAACCAGCUCUUACCAUCUGGUUCCGUGAUUAACUUGCCUCCGAACCAAGUUAUUGAACUCAAUAUUCCUGGAGGCGGUAACCAUCCGUUCCAUCUUCAUGGGCACACGUUCGACGUCAUUCGCGUUGCGGGUAAUUCGUCGUACAACUUCGAGAACCCGGUGCGCCGAGACACUGUAAACAUUGGUGCGGGCUCGGAUAAUGUAACGUUCCGCUUCGUUACCGACAAUCCCGGCCCUUGGUUCCUCCAUUGCCACAUUGACUGGCAUUUGGAAAACGGGCUGGCUGUUGUCCUUGCGGAAGAUGCGGAAGACAUCGCUACGGUCGAUCCGCCGAACACUGACUGGUCGAACUUGUGCCCUCUUUACAACCAACUCAACCCGGAUACCGGCCUGUAAAUUUUAUAGCGUGCUUUCAUUGGUCCUCCGGUGCUGGAUAUGAAAUAAUUUUCUAGUAGCUUGGUUUAUUUUCUUUGUGGGUAAGAGAGAUACAAUUUAGCUGUACUUUUCGUCUCGGAAUGAAGAACUGUCUCAUUACUACUGAACGAGAUAAUCGCAGAUCAUGCCG